UUUCCAUAACCCUUUCUUAAUUUCUCCUCUUCUCUCGAUUCUCUUUUUUCUCUCUAAUUUGGUAGUGUUUUUUGAGGGUUUAAUGAGGGCAGAAAUGGAGUUCAAAAACCAAGAACAGCAACCUCAACCAUCAAAAUAUGAAUGCCUUCUUUUUGAUGUGGAUGACACACUUUACCCUCUAAGUUCUGGCUUGUCUAAACAAUGCACCAUUAACAUUGAAGAGUAUAUGGUUGAAGAACUUGGGAUAGAGAAAGAUAGAGUUGUAGAGAUGAAUCAGUUUUUGUAUAGAAAUUAUGGGACAUCCAUGGCUGGUCUUAAGGCUAUUGGUUAUGAGUUUGACAACGAUCACUAUCACAGCUUUGUUCAUGGAAGGUUACCAUAUAACAAUCUAAAGUGUGAUCCAAUUCUUAAAAAUAUCUUACUUAGUUUGCCCAUUCGCAAAGUUAUCUUCUCGAACGCGGAUGAAGUUCAUGUUGCCAAAGUUCUAAGUAGGCUUGGUUUGGAGGGUUGUUUUGAAAGGAUCAUAUGCUUUGAAAGUCUUAACUCCUCUGAUUUAGAUACUUCUUCUGAUGAUGGCUCUAAAUCGGAUUCCAAAACCUCGACAAACAGCGAUACAGAUGACACUCUUCCACCGCUCCCUGUCACUCCAAUUAUCUGCAAACCUUCUCCACAAGCAUUUGAGUUAGCACUCAAGAUAGCCAACGUUGACCCUAAGAAAACAUUGUUCUUUGACGAUAGCAUCCGCAACAUAAAAACGGGAAAAUCCAGUGGCCUCCACACAGUGCUGGUUGGAUCAUGGAAUAGAGGGAAUGGAGUUGAUUAUGCAUUGGAAAGCAUUCAUAACAUUAGAGAAGCUCUGCCAGAACUAUGGGAAGUUGAUGAGAAGAUGAAGAAUCAAAGGCUUUCUUCAAAAAUUGCAUUGGACACUUCAUUUGUUAUGGCCUAAUUAAAUAUUCAACUCCUCAUUAUUAUAAUUAACAUAUCUAUUUUAUUACCCCUAA